CGAUCCUCCCCCCGCCUCACAAUAGCCUCUUGUAUCUGCUGCCAGUUCGGAGCGGGGCAGACUUGUCGCGGCAAGCUUCACUACUGUCACUAGGUGGCGCCCCCCUUUGGGUUCCGAGUGUCAGGCGAGGGGUGGGUACGAUCGGGGGGCAGAUAAGUUGAGCAGAGGAGAGCAAAGCAGUGCAGUGUGUGUGUGCGCCUGGGAUCACCGACACCGAGUUGUGGGAGAGUAUCGCUGUCUGCUCAGGAACAUGAACUGGCAGUUGCUGAUGACCGUUGCAUGCCUGGGUUUUCUUGCCCUUUCUGAGCAAAGCCUGGAUUUUACCUAUCACCACACUCAAGAAAUGGAAAGCAUAUUAAAAGACUUCAAUUCAAAAUAUCCAAGUAUAACUUAUCUCCACAGCAUUGGGAAAUCUGUGAAAGGCAGAGACUUGUGGGUUUUGGUUGUGGGAUUACAUCCAACCGAACACACAGUUGGAAUUCCUGAGUUCAAGUACGUUGCAAACAUGCAUGGCAAUGAGGCAGUUGGUAGAGAACUGAUGCUACACCUAAUAGAAUACCUCCUAACAAAUUACCAGUCCGAUCCAGUUAUUAAGCAAAUGAUAACUAAAACCCGCAUACAUAUUAUGCCUUCUAUGAAUCCAGAUGGCUUUGAAAAUUCUAAUAUUUUGGAUUGUAGCUCCGUAAAUGGAAGAACCAAUCAAAAUGGAUAUGACCUGAACAGAAACUUUCCUGAUUCCUUUGAGAUAAACCCUGAUCCAAUCCAACCAGAAACCCAGGCUGUCAUGAACUGGCUCAAGCAGGAGACCUUUGUGCUGUCUGCUAAUUUUCAUGGUGGUGCCUUGGUGGCUAGCUAUCCAUAUGAUAACUCUUAUGCUACAUCUCCGGAUAAUGAUUUUUUGAAGUAUCUCGCUCAAACAUAUGCCAACAAUCACGCCACAAUGUCCUCAAACAAUAUGUGUGAUUCAGCAGCAUUUCAGGGUGGCAUCACCAAUGGCUACGCAUGGUAUCCUGUGAGAGGUGGCAUGCAAGAUUAUAACUACAUCUAUAGCCAAUGUUUUGAAAUUACAAUUGAGGUCUCAUGCUGUAAAUAUCCAAAUGCUUCCACACUGGAGAAUUACUGGAAUGAUAACAGAGUAUCGUUGAUCGAGUACAUGAAGAAGGUGCACAUGGGAAUAAAGGGACAGGUGUUUGACAUAAAUGGAAAACCUGUCCAAAACGCUAUUGUGGAGGUCACGAGAAAGCAACAUAUAUGUCCAUAUAAAACUAACAAGUAUGGGGAAUAUUAUCUCUUACUUCUUCCCGGAACAUACACAUUUAAUGUCUCAGUGCAGAAAAACACAAUAGUAACCAACAUAACAGUGCCAGAGACUGUAGGUUUCUCAGCGAUGGUUUAUGACUUCCAGUACAAAGUCAAUAUAGGCAGCCCAUCUUUGUUCCCAACAAAUUGCAGCCCUAACGGAGACAGCAAUAGCAGCAGCAUACUGAAAGCAUGUUUGCUGACAAUUCUACUAAGAACUGCGCUGACAUUCUUCGUUAAUGCACUAUAGCGCCUGCCAUGAAAGAUUCAAGCCUGCGCAAAGGAGCAAGUUUUGGGACUUUCCAGAAAGCAAGAAGCCAAAAAAGUUACCAAAAGUUUAUAUAGUAACAAGACACCAUUAAAUUGCCUUUUUAACUGCUUUUAUUCCAUGAAUCACACCAGCAAUAUACAGAUUUAAUAUUUUUAAAAUUGUUGUUGCAUUUAUUGAAGAUGUUAAGGUUAGAAUGUUCGUGUUAACUUGUAUGUGCCAUUAUUCAGACUUGUAAUGCUUUAUCAUUCGACUUUCUCUGUGCUUGUUUAUUACAAUAUCCAUGUGAAAUAUUUGCUUUUACCAUUUCGAGCCAGGACAAAAAGAUCUGGAAGUAUAGGUCAGCCUUUUUCAACCAGGGUGCCUUGGCAAAAUGCCUAAAAAUUGCACAAAUUGCCCAAAAAUUGUCACCAAGCCAGUGAGAGGAUCAAGCCUUCCAUUUUGUUACAAAAAGCCACAGGUUUUCAUUGUGCAUGAUUUCACCAUUGGAGACCAUGCUGGCCAGCCACUGGCAUCCUAACAAUCGAUGAUGUCAUCAGGAUUUCGGGUGCCUGCAUAGUAUAAUUGUUUGUCCCUCAGCACUGGGGUCACGUAAGCGAAGAGCAGGAGAGAAAAUGAGGAAGAAAUUCUAUAAUACUACCCAGUACCAGUUUGAGGUGGAGGAAAAAAUCACCUCUAAUGUUGGGUGGCCCACGUGUGUGAAUACUGCUGCGAUAUGGAAAACUAUUUGUUUUGUUUUUACAUUUUAGAAUGCUUCAUUUCAAAGGGUGCCUUGACUAAAAAAAAGGUUGUGAAACAUUGUUAUAGGUUGCCGUUUUCUGGCUACCCAUAGAAACUGAUCACCAGGGUUCCAUGGUCUUUCAGGGUUUUAUACCAAGGAUCAUUCCAUAAGUGCUAAAGUCUUUCCCCGCUCAGGAAAUUGUAAUUUUUUAUUAUAGAUAUUGUCAGAUUUUACUUUUAGAUGGUGCUUUCAGGUUCAUGUCAGUUGUGUUCCUUCAGUUACUUUGGGAUAGAAAAAAACCGAUACAUUUACUUGCUACUUUAGUCUGAUGUAAAGAUCACUUUGUAAAAAAUAAAU